AUGCAGAAAGACAGUUCAGCCAAGAUGAAAUCAGCAAUGAAAAAUACCAAGGGAAAGGAUAAAGCAGAUAGUUCUUAGACUGAUGAAUCAUUUUGCUCGUUGUUCAAAGCUAAGUACACAGAUUAAGAUCAGUAAAAGCAGAACAUAGACAAGCGAAGAUUACUCAUGCCAAUCAAGUCAGAAUAAAAAUUACAAAUGGAGGACAUCAAGAUAAAUAGUGACAUUUAAUCUAAUUUGGCACUGCCUUUAAGUCCUUCAACUGAUUCCUUUAGAGGUAAGAGUACUAAUUACAGAUCAGAGCCUUCUCAUUAACAGCUAAUUGUCAUCACUGAGGAGUCAUUGGAUGAUUGGCUAGCAUAAUCCAUAAACUUAGACAUUAAAAAUAUGCCUGCUCUUAGAAAGCUGAAUCUCCCAUAAUAGACUAAAGACAUUUUGUAAAAAUAUGAACCAAAAAGAAAAGCACAGUACUCUUAAAUACCUUCAGUCGUUAAGAGCUACAUAGACUAAAAUAACUAUUCUUAGCAAGCCAUUAAUCAGAAUAAUCAUUAAUUUUCCAAAUUUACCCAAUCUGUUCAACAAAGUCAUCAACAAUCUCGGAUGACUACAGAAAGAACUGAUUUUACUCCUUCAUUGAGAUUAGCAAUGGAUGAUAAAAAUAUAGUCAGCUAUAGAUCUUAGAAUUCCUAGGUUUAAGUUGUUGAUUAACUUUAAAUGGCUCAGAUAUCAAGCAGAUGGUCAAAUCCUUCUAUGAUUACUCCAAGAGGAUUUAUGUUUACACCAGAAUAAUUGAACAGCCAGCAUCUAGUCUCAGUCGUCGACCAAAUUGAAUAGUAAAAAGCUCUGACUCAUAAAAUAAACAAAAGAGUUGUGUAGACUAUGAAAAGAUAAGCGAUCACUGAAAACGCCUAGAUCAGAUCAAAGUCUUAAAUAAACUCAAACAACGAUCACUCUCCAACUAGAGUUAAAACAUCAUCAUCUCCGCUCAUCAAAUUUAGGAAUAAUUCAAGAUAAAGAAAUUUAGCCGCUCUACAUAAUUACCAAACCUAUUAGGAUGAUGUUAGCUUUAGGAAGCUGAAGGUAUUUGAUCACAAGCAGCAUUAAGACUUUAAUUUCAAGAGUAUAAGUGAGUUAAAUGACGCUCAGAAACAGGAAAGGUACAUUGCAAAGAUAAAGCAUGAUAACUACAAAGUGCCAUAGUUAGGCAAAAACUAAGAAAUGUACUAUACUCAGGACAGAAGGACAAGUCUUAUUAAUCCCUAUACUUCUUCUCACAAAUCAUCGAGUUUGAUUAUUAAGAAUCCAAGCGUCAUAAAGAAGAACUCCUAGUAUCAGACUAAGCUUUCAAGAAUUAUAUAGAUGCAGAGCAAGACAGAAACAGAUAGGAUUAAGGCACUUAAAGAACAGAUAAGCUUUCAAAGCUAUGCUUAAAACAGGUAGUCAGUUUAAGAGGAAAUUCAUCUAGUAUCGAAUCAAAAUGAAAUAUCUCAGAGUUAUAUGAAAGAUGAAUUGCCUUUAAUCAACAGAGCCAUUGAUAUAAUUCCUUAAAUAAAUCCAUAUCAAAAUGCAGCUAGCAAUCAGUUAUCUAGAAAUACUUCUGAUAAGUCAAAGAUGAUGAAUUCUGCAACAUAAUCCCCAAUGAGGAGUAAUUUGCAAGGCUACUAUAAAAAUGCAAUUGGAUUGGUAAAAAAAGACUCAACUUUAUCAGCAAGGCAUCUUAGCUUUAAUCAGUCAAAUAUCUUGUAAACCUAAAGAGAGGGCAGCACGAAGUCUUAAAAGAGAAUAGAGAAGCCUGUCUCUGUGUUUAGGGAUUCAAAUUUUUGGCUGCAUAAAGCUUUUAAUUUUUAGAAAGAUGGAAAAUUCAAUAGUAGUAUUGACUCGCUCAACAAAGCUAUUGCACUUGAUUUCACCAACAUGCAAGCUCAUUUGAACUUAGCAGGUAUGUUAUACUAAAUAAAGAAGUAUGACCAGAGUACUAGAGUUUAUGAUAACAUCAUUGCUUAGCAUGAGGCAUUAAAUGAUGAUGAGAGCUUUGAAAGUGCUCUCUAUGGAAAAGUGUUAUGCUAAGUAAGAUUGGAAAACUAUGAGAGAGCUAUUGAUGAAUAUGAGUCACUAGAGAAAGCAUUUCCUAGAUACACAGAUCUAGACUGUAUUAGAGCCAACAAGCCUUAAUACUUGUACAUCAAAGCAGUAAUUUUAAGGAAGCUGUAGAGAUUUGAAGAAGCUUCGAGGUAUUAUGACUACCUCAGACAGGAAGAGUUCUCUUUUUCUUCAAAUCAACAGUCCAUCGACUCGGAAUCAAUCAGCGAUCCAUACAAACUGCUAAAUAGGAGGUGUUUGGAAUUCCUAAGAACUAAGAUUCCUGAGUAUGAGCCACCUUAAACAUUGGGUUCUAUCAUUACUUCAAGAUUCAUUUUAGAUGAUGGCUGGCUGUUUGAUAAGAUUGAGGACACAGCCAAACUGCUUUCAAAGCUCAGCUUUUUCUGCAGAUUUAACAGAGAGCAGAUUGUUCAUUUUAUGAAGAAACUAAAAAUUCAGACGUACUAGGCUGACGACAUCGUUUAUUUGGAGGAUGAUCUAGUGAGAAUUGUAAUUGAUGGGUAGUUAUAGAUGAUAUCUUAUAAGGCUAGUGUAAGUGAACCUCAGGUCAUUGCUAAUCUGUACCCAGGAGAUAUCAUUAAUUAUAGUAGGAUCGAUUAAGGUCAGUCUGUUUACUUUCAAAACUGGAUAGUGGCCAAUAAAAGCUUCAAGACCACAUCUGUAAUUGUUUGUGACAGACAAUUUUUCGACUUCAUUUGGGAUUAAUAGAACACGAAUAACAAUAAAAUUAUUUAUGAAACUUUGAAAAAUCACUAAGCCUUAUAAGGUGUGACUACCUAAACGCUAUAUCUUAUCGCUUUUGAACUUAUUCAAAUUAGAAAUUAUAAGCCUAGUGAGACAGUAUUGAAGCAAGCUCAUAAAUCAAAACUAAAGAAAUUUGAUAAGUACUUUUAUGGCAAUAGAAUGACUAACUAAAUGAUUGAAAGAAAUAAGCAAUAAUUCAUAGACAAGAUUAAACUUAAAAAGAAACAAAAAGUUUUCAAUCCUGACUAAAGCUAUGCAGCAUAAGAUAAGUUGUUUUAGGUUAAUAAAUUCCCAGUGUCAUAACUAGAUGCCACAGCAAAUACUAAUCCUUAAUCCAUCCAUUAGGAAUCUAGAAUCAGCUUGAAUGCCUUUAAAAAGACUGAGAGUUUGAUUGAUCAACUUACCAAUCAAAACCCUAUAGUAAGAGAUCUGAUAUCCCGAAGAAAUUCUAAAGAGCAACUCUCAGUUGAUACAAAUCUUCAAAUUGAGACCAACAAGGAGAUGUAUUAGUAAAAAUUACAACUUAAGUCUGAAAAGGAUAAAAUAUAGUACCUGAUAGAGAGUGUUUUCAAAAGGAACAUGGAAAUACUCAAUCAUUAUCUAGAAACGUUCAAAAUAGAUGAUGCUGAAGAUGGUUUGUAUAUUUUAGAUGAAGGGCAAUGCAUUGUAAAGCCAACUAUUGAUAAGACAGACAAAUCUGAUAUUUAAAAACCUAAAUGUUGUCAUUGGAAAAAUCACAUCAAAGGCAAAGAUCAAAGUGAAGCGAAUCAGGAAGAAGGCUAAGUUAACUAGAAGAAAUGUUGCGAGUAGACUAAUAAAAAUGAAUAGAAAAUACUCAAAAAGGGAGACUUCUUUGGUCUUAGUGAUUUCUUUAGAAUUAAAACUUAUAACUACUAUGGAGAUGUAAUUGCUUCUGAGGGUUCAGGUGUUAGUUGUCUCUACAUUAAGAAACAGCAUUUAGAUUAAAGAAUACCUUACUAUGACCUUGAAAAAAUUAAGAAAAAUUGUACUGAGAAGAAAAAUAUGGCUGAAGCUAGUCUAGCAUAUAGUCUCAAAUUUUCAAAACUAGCAAAUGAUUUUAUCUCCUAAUUUUAUAGUGAAAACUGA